GCGUCAUAAACGGUGAAAGUGUCGGUGGUGGUGAGUAAAGGGUAUUCAAUGAAAUUGAAAGUAGAGAAACCACCCCAACGGCUCUCUAUCCAAGAAGUACAAAUCUUGCAAGUGCUGAGAAUAAUUGGAAAAACUCCAACAGCUAAAACAAAGUUAAAAGACCAACCAAGAAGAGAAACGCCCAGAAACCCAAUUUUGAGACCUGAUUGGUGAGUUUUAACUGAGGGUCAUGGACCUCCAGAAAAGAGGAGUUCUUGCUGGACUUCUGGUGCUGCUUUUACCUCUUCUUUUGCCUGGUUUGUUUAGCCUAUUGAGCCAUGCCUCCCCUUCUGCGUUCUCGGAAUGGAAUGUUCAAAAACCUAGGCACUUAUCUCUAGUGAAGAGUGCUUCGCAGCGUGAGACUUCACAGGAAAAGCAGUCUGAUCUCUGGGUCCCUUUGGCCGAUCAAGGAUGGAGGCCAUGUUUUGAAUCUACAAAUGCCCCUUCAUUACCAGUGAAAUCAGAGGGAUACCUUCAAGUAUUUCUUGAUGGAGGGUUGAACCAGCAAAGAAUGGGGAUAUGUGAUGCAGUGGCAGUUGCUAAAAUACUGAAUGCAACACUUGUCAUCCCACAUUUUGAAGUCAAUCCCGUUUGGCAAGAUUCAAGCUCAUUCAUGGAUAUAUUUGAUGUCGAUCACUUUAUUGAUGUGUUGAAGAAUGACAUUCUUAUAGUUAAAGAGUUGCCUGAUGAGUUUUCCUGGAGCACAAGGGAAUAUUAUGCCACUGCUAUUCGAGACACCAGAAUUAAGAUGGCACCUGUUCAUGCUUCAGCUAACUGGUAUCUGGAUAAUGUCUUGCCUGUACUGCAGAGUUAUGGGAUAGCUGCAAUCUCCCCAUUCUCCCACCGUCUGACUUUUGAUAACUUGCCCAUGGAUAUCCAACGUUUACGUUGCAAAGUCAAUUUUCAAGCAUUAGUUUUUGUUCCCCACAUCAGAGCACUUGGAGAUGCUCUUGUCAGUCGCCUCAGAUAUCCUUCCAAAGGAGCUGAAGUCCUUAGCACUGAUUACCUAAGGGAAACCACUGAUGUGAUUGAUGAAAACAGAGCAAGGAAGUUUGUUGUGAUACACCUUCGUUUUGAUAAGGAUAUGGCUGCCCAUUCAGCCUGUGAUUUUGGUGGGGGCAAGGCUGAAAAAUUGGCUCUGGCCAAGUACCGACAAGUCAUUUGGCAGGGAAGGGUCCUUAACUCGCAGUUCACUGACGAAGAAUUGAGGAGUCAGGGUCGUUGCCCAUUGACUCCAGAAGAGAUUGGAUUACUUCUAGCAGCUUUGGGCUUUGACAACAGUACUCGUCUAUACCUUGCUUCACACAAGGUGUAUGGUGGGAAAGCUAGGAUAUCAACUUUACGAAAAUUGUUUCCUCUAAUGGAAGACAAAAAGAGUCUUGCCUCUUCAGAAGAACGUACACAGAUUAAAGGAAAGGCUUCUCUGUUAGCUGCAGUUGAUUACUAUGUUGGCUUGCAUAGCGACAUCUUCAUCUCUGCUUCUCCAGGAAAUAUGCACAAUGCAUUGGUGGGACAUCGAACUUACAAGAACAUGAAAACCAUAAGGCCUAACAUGGCAUUGUUGGGGCAACUGUUCCUGAACAAAAGCAUUAGUUGGCCAGACUUCCAACAAGCAGUUCUUGAAGGGCAUGAAAACAGACAAGGCGAGAUCAGACUAAGAAAACCAAAAAAGUCCAUAUAUACAUAUCCUGCGCCUGAUUGUAUGUGCCAAGCUUAAGUUGAUUUACCUGAAGGAUGUCAAGUUAUUUUCUCUAUUCUAUUGAUUUGGCACCACAACUAUUGUGUGUGGCCGUUAUUAUAAAUAAACAAGAAAUUCCAUUUCUCCUUUGAUGGAAGAGCACAGAUAGCCAUUUAGCUAGAGAACGUGAGAGUGAAUUAGAUAAUGAUAGUGUAUUUUGUCAGCUUCUGGGUUAUGGACCUCGUUUGUGGACCAGAAAAAUAUUUACUUGUGAAGUAUCAUUUAAUAGGUCACAGCUGUAUCUGUACUUCUGUUUGUGAUACUUUUGACUUUAUGUGAAACGUUGCAUUGGUUAUCUUCAUAA